AGGUACCUACCUACCUAAUGUAGGUAGUGCGGAUAGGGCAUCGCUGUUUUAUGAUCUAAGCAACACGCACGAAAAAAACAAUUCUUUUUUAUAUAAGCCUUGUACAAACAUUUAAGACCAGCUACGUGAUUUUGUGAAGAGACUACUCUUUCCUUUUUUGUUUCGUCAUUUUCAUACUCUUUUUGUUUUCCUUCAUUUUGAACCUAUUGUUAUCGUUUAACUUCCUGUUAAAAUGCCGAAGGCUUUCAAAGAUUACACGGAUAAAGACCUUGCUGGUACCGUGCUAAGCUUGUCAAUACCUGUUGAAGGCAUUCCGAAGGAGGCAUUAACCACCGUAUUCGCUGAAUGCUUUCAAAUGUACGACGAUAGCCUCUUUGAUGAACCUCUCUGGGAGAGAUUCAAAGAAGACUUCGAAGGCUGGACAGUCAACCACUUUCAAGGCGUGAACCAAUAUCUACAGUGCAUGGGAUACGAGCACCUAAUGUACCACGGUGUACACAUAUCCAAAGGCAAAAGCACCUUCAGCCUCAAGCUAUAUGAAAUCCUUACUGCGAAAGAGUGGCCACAGUUAAAGGCUCAGGAUAUCGCUAAAAUUCGUCAAUAUGCGCCUAAGAAACUCAUCAGCCUAUGCAACCCUGUCGUAGCAGCCGAAAUUGCACGACAACGAGAAAUCCCUCAAUAUUACCCGCCUUUGGCCGACGCCUUAGUCAACCUUGUCACAAUAUACCACAAUGAUGAGUACAAAUUUGGUGGUGAUAAGUACGAUUUUCUGGACGAGAAGCUAAAAGUAUUUAAACACCAUUGCCAUAAAGCUGGUGUCUGUGAAUAUCAGUGGGAUGACGCAAUCUUCGUUAUGCUGAAAGGAAGGGCUUUGCAAUACUAUUACGAUCACCUUGUUACGAGAAACGGCGAUCGUAAAUACACUUUUAACGAAAUGAUCAAAAUGAUGGAAGACUUUUUUUAUACCUUUGAGAACUAUCAGACGUACUUCAUGGACCAGCAUACUACCACCAUUUACUCUGUACAAGCCGAGAACCCGAAUAAAAACCUUGCCGACUGCGUCGAAAUUCUCAUCGAAAAAGUCCAGCGUAUUCACAAAGGCAUAUCCAUCCAUAGUGGUCACAAUGGUCUCUUAUUAAUGGGUAAUAUACUUUUUGCCGUACAAGGCCACCGAGCAUUUGACCGGGUUUUAAUUAGACCUUCGGAAAAAUUCGACGGCAUUUGCUUAGAUCUGCGAGCGGCUGCUAACAGUUAUGUGCGCCAGCAAACGAUUAACCGUGGGGUAAACACAUCAAUCAUUAAUCAUUAUAUCGCAUUUAAUCUCACAAUGCAGGAUAUAAAAUUUGCAUCGCUAGCUUCGCCUUAAUUGGAGCUUUCGAAUGAUGGAAUAUCAAUUAAAUGCAUGCCGCAUUUCAAAAGCUAUUUGAAGAUAAAGUCAAUUGAACGUUAAUGUUUUGCGAAAAAUGGGGCGCCUACCACCACCACCACCACUAUUACUACUACUGAUGCAUCUACCUUCCCGCUCGAAUAGCUUUUGAAAUACGGCAUGUAUCUAAUCGAUAUUAGUAUCAUUAGAGAGCUUUAAUUAAGGCGAAUAUAGCUAUGUAAUUCUCAUACGUUGCAUACUUGGAAUAAAUAGGAUAUAUUAAUGGUUAAUGUGUUAGAUAUGGUAUGUAAUUAGAUGAGGCUUUGCGGGAGGCUCUUUUGCGGUCGCGCGCCCUUUUGAUAUAACAUUCAAUUGAAUAUAUCUUCAAAUAGCUUUUCAGAUACCCCAUGAAAUAGGAUGAAUGUAUAUAAUUUGAACGCUCUAAUUGAGGCGAAAAUAACGAUAUAAUUUUCAUAUGCUGGAUGUUUAGAAUGAAUAGGAUAUAAUGGUUAAGGUAAGACGUUGUGGUGUAAUUGAAUUAAUUGAAAAUAGGUGGUAAGGAUGUACAUACCUUCUGUACUGGGUGUACC